GUGGCGAAGGACGUCUCCAUCCGUCUCCACAGCCAGCUGGACAGCGUGGAGAAGAAAAGGAGUCACCUGGACCAGGAGAACGAGGAGCUGAGGGUCCGACUGCAGGACCUGGAGGUCGCCAAGCAGGUUCUGCAGCAGGAGAUCGACAAGAACUCCCAGAAGAAACGAGGAGCUCGACCCAACAACAAACCCGACAAGAAGCUCGGCCAGCAGGAGGACAGUUCGGACCUGAAGUGUCAGCUCCACUUUGCCAAAGAGGAAUCAGCGCUGAUGUGCAAGAAGCUGACCAAGCUGGUGAAGGACAGCGAGGCCAUGAAGGAGGAGCUGGCCAAGUACAGGUCGCUGUACGGGGACGUCAACGCCUCGCUCACCGUGGAGGAGGUCGCCGACUCCCCCCACACCCGGGAGGCGGAGAUCCGAGUCCACCUGAAGCUGGUGGAGGAGGAGGCCAACCUGCUGAGUCGGCGCAUCGUGGAGCUGGAGGUGGAGAACCGAGGGCUCCGAGCCGAGAUGGACGACAUGAAGGGGCCGCAAGAUGGUCCUCAGGAACUGGGCGGUGUUGGCGGCGGUCUGGGGGCGGGGCUUGGCCUGACAGGCGGAGCCAUGGUUCUUGGGGGAGGAGCCUCAUCUGAAAACGUCAUGGAGCUGCAGAGACACCUGCAGUUUGUGGAGGAGGAGGCGGAGCUGCUGAGGAGGUCUCUGAUCGAGAUGGAGGAGCAGAACAAGCUCCUGAUGAACGAGAUCAACCGCUACAAGUCCGAGCUGCCGCCGCCGGCCUCCACGCUGUCGUCCAACUCGCUGCUGGCUCUGACGGACGGGCUGCUGAACGACAGCCCGGUCCACUCCAUACAGGAAGGGGCGGUGCUCAUCAGCACCGACACGCCGGCCCCCGAGGAGGAGCUGCGACUGGCCCGGCUUCAGAUCGGGGAGCUGAGCGGGAAGGUGAAGAAGCUGCAGUACGAGAACCGAGUGCUUCUGUCCAACCUGCAGCGCUGCGACCUGGCCUCGUACCACACACCUUCAUCGUCCUCCUCCUCAUCCUCGCUCAGACUGGCUCUGGAGACGGACGCCGAGGCCGGAGACUCUGCCGAGUGCCUCCCAACCAGCCCGCCUCAUCGCAGAGAGCCAGUCGGAGGCGAGAACGACGCCCUCGAGAUGAAGGACCAGAAAAAGAAGAUCGAGGACAACGCUGACGCUUCGCUCCCCGGGCGCCUGGGGCAGAAGGACCAUGAUGCCUUGCUGGCCAUGAGGGACCAGGCUCGCUUGGUUUCCACGGCGAUACAGCUCCUGACCUCCCCCGAGUCCAACUGCCUCUCGUCCUCCCCCUCCAUCUACCACAAGGUGUGCAGCAAUGAGGCGGCGGAACCGUGCGACCUGGAGAAACCUCAGCCUCACGCCCAGAUCUCCGAGCUGUCCGACCUGUCCGACCGUCCUCUGGUCGGAGCUCUGACCAGCAGGCUCCAGGCCCUGCACACCCAGCUGCAGGCCUUCGUGGAGCGGGUGGACGGCCUGGGUAAACCCCCGGCAGGCGGGAGGGACGCUCAGGUGGAGCCUCCACCCUGCGCCUCCAUCACCUGCUCCGGAGACGGUCAGGACGACCAGAACCGGGCGGCGGAGAAGCAGCCUGAUUAUAGGGACCAAUCAGAGGCCGAGGCGAAAGACGAAACCGAGGAGAACGGCCAAUCGGAGAGCGGCGAGACGCAAAAGCAGGAAAGCGGCCAACUGGAACAGGAAGAGAAGGAGACGGAUGAUGCGGCGACCGUCCAGUCCAAUGACCUCGAGCUCAGGCUGUCCGAAGCAGCCGCUCAGGAGGAGCUGGAGAAAGACGAGGAGGCUCAGAGAGAAGCUGCUGUCAAACUCACACAGCUCCAGGAGGAGCACCACAAGGCUCUUCUCCGGCGAGACUUCCAGCUGCAGAGUUUCGGCCUGCAGGCUCGGCUCCAGCAGAAGCUGUGGAGCCAGGAGAGGACUCUGCUGGUGCAGGAGUCGCAGCACCUCAAACAGGCUCUCCUGCUGCUCAGCCUCAAGCUGCGCUGCUUCCUCAAACAGUGGAGGCUCGGCUGCAAGAAGGACACCGAGUGGAAGGACGUCCUGGAGAUGAACAGCCUGAAGGAUCUCUACCUGCUGCUGGAGGAGGAGAACCUGCCCAGUCCGACCCACCAGACUGACAAGAGGAGCUCUGCAGACGAGCAGCCGCUCAGUCCGAGAAUAAAGUCCAGCGCCGUGAGCAGCACUCUGGCCGACCUGAAGGUGGCGCUGCAGGACCUGAGCGGGGAGCUGCGACAGGAGAGGCAAGGCUCCCAGGAACUCACGCAGCAGUUCGCAAAGGCCAAGGCAUCAUGGGAGGUGGAGAGGACGGAACUGAAGAGCCUCAUCACACAGCUGGAGACCAAAGCGGGAAAAGCAGCAGCUUCUCUGUCCUCUGCUGAUGCACUGGAGCCUCCCGACCUGAAGGUGGCGCUAAAGAGGGAGCGUGAGGAACACCAGCACCUCCUGGCCGAGUCCUACGCCGCCGUGAUGGAUCUGACCAAACAGCUUCAGAUCGGGGAGAGAAACUGGGGCAGAGAGAAGCUGGAGCUGCUGGAGAGGUUCAGCCAGGAGAGAGCUCAGUGGGAGCAGAGGCUGAGGGAGGCCACCGCUCAGCAGGCCAAGUCGAAGCCAUCGGGUGGCGAAUCCUCCGCGGACGCCGGCCUCGCGAAUGGAACAGGAUCGCCAAGGAUCAAACCCACACUGGAGGGUCCGGAGGUGAAUGGAGCAGCCCAUCAGGAGGAGAAAACCCAGUUUGCAGUCCCGCCUCUGUUUAUCCGCCCAGAGCAGGGCCACAUCACCAGGAAGAACUGGACCGACCUGACCGAUGAGACCCCAGAAAUUGCAGAUACGUGUAAAACCUGGGACGGGCCCAGCGGGUCCUGCAGCAGCGCGGCAGAAUCUCAGAAUCUGGAGUCCGUGCAGAGGAGCUACACCGCUCCGGACCGAACCGGCAUCCGGAUCUACUACAGCCCUCCUGCUGUGCGGCGCAUGGAACCCCGCAGGAGGAACCAGGAGGCCAAAGAGUCCCAGCACACCCAGAACGGCAGCUCCUCCCUGGGGAUGAACGGUUCCAGUGCAGCCGUGGCUUCUGUAGGAUCUCUGGACGUUCAGCCUCCGUCCUGCUUUUCUUCUUCCUACGAGCAGUGGCUGAGCUCUCUGUCCAAGCAGCACCUGGAGCUUCUGGAGAGCAGAACCGGCUGCGUCGCCACCUCCAUGCCGAGCAUCAUCAACAACGGCGUCGGCGGCUCGGCCAGCAGCCUGGUCGAUGGGAUGUCGUCCUCGUCCGCCUUCCACGGCCUGGAGAUCGGAGAGAUUUCAGCCAAUCUGAGCGACGACAUGAAGGAGAUGACCAACUGUGUCCGCCAGGCCAUUCGCUCUUCAUCUCUGGAGAGGAAGUCCGGCAAGGAACCAGGGAGUCAAGCCGUCGGCGUCUCCACCAGAUCCACGCAGACUGCAGCUCAGUACGUCAGCGUGGGCCUUCAGACGGAGAACCUUCCGGGCAGCAGGGGCUCGGGGUUGCACUCCAAAUCCUGGUCGCCUCGUCCUUCGUCGACCACCUCCUCGUUGGCUUCGGCCCGAACUCGGCAAAUAUCAACGUCACUGGAUAAAGUUCACAGUCGCAUCGAGAGGCCGUGCUGCUCGCCCAAGUACGGAUCACCAAAACUGCAGCGCAGAGUCUCCUCUGGCUCUACCUCCAGACUGGAUGGGAGCUCCUCCUCCAGGGACCGCAGCCUGUGGAGCCUCCAGCAGAGGCCCAUGAGCGGAGGAGGAGGUUCGGCCUGGGCUCGAUCCACCACCACCAGGGACAGCCCGGUCCUGAGCGGCCUCACCGACGGCCUCUCCAGCCUCUUCAGCGUCGUGGAGCACUCUGGGAGCACAGAGUCGCUGUGGAGGGGAGACGCAGGAACCAGCCAGACCGCCAGUCCGGCUCGUCAGCCUCCUGCUGCAGGAAAACCUUCAGUGGCGACGGUCUGCUCAUCCGACUCCAGCUCUCAACGCUAUGGAGGUCUGGUCCAGGAGUUCUUCAGGAACGUCUGCAGCAGCCGUGGCCCGGGAGGAGUCGCCCUGCCUGGGGAGAAAGCGCAGAGGGACUCCCUCGGCAGUUUGGGCGUCUUCAGCGGCGUGGAUGAGCCCAAGCCGGAGUGCGUGUCGGUCGGAGGACUCGGCGCGCUGGCCGGGUUGGGCGGAAGCAACGACAACGUGACCAGGAUUGUUAACAAAAGGUUUAUGAGGCAGACGGCUGGAGAGGAGAUGGUCAGCAUCAUGGGAGGAGGGAAGGAGACGACGAGCAGCGCCGCCGCUGCAGGAUCUGGGGUGGAGGAUGCACCUUGUGACUGCACCGCUCAGUCCGCCUGCUUCGCCCGACCAUCCAGAGCAACAACUCGCCACUGCAAGCAUCGUCCACAAGAGUCUCCGGCGGCGGCGGCAGCGGCGGCGGCAGCAGAGGAGAAGGUGGACGCCUGCAACGAGUGACCACACUUCUACUGCCACAGACACACAGACACAAAGCAAUACUGAUUAUCCACAAACACCACUGCCAUGAAAACACACACACACACACCAAAUAAACAUGCACACCGACAACCUGCCACACAGGCACACUGCCAAAUACCACACACACACACACACACACACAGCUGAUGGCACACCACAAACCCACUGCCACAUGCACACAUUCAUUAAACACACAAACCAGGCAAUAUUACACUUGUCUUGGACCGUACCACUCUGAUGCCAAGGACAGGGGGGGACUCACAACCCGGAUUCAAACGUCACAAAACUACCAGCAGGAGAGGAAAACACACACACGUUCUUACACGCUCAACUAAACGAGAAUAACUUUAAACUGCAGAAAGUCUAACAAGUAAAGAUGUCAGGACUGGAUCGACUCAUAAACCCCCUCCAACUUACACAAUAACCGGUACUACAGCUUCAGGAUGGGAACUCUAACUUGCCACCACGCUGUUGGAAAAGCAGCCAUGUUGGAUUUACAGAUAAGGAAGUGCGUUAAACGUGUGCGUGUUGCUAUAAAACUACAAACUACAGAGGAGACAUCCGGGACAGCUGGAACGACCUUCAACGUCUUGUUGGCGACUCCACCAGAAUCCAAGACCGUAACCUGACCGAUGAUCUCUUUGUCAUCGACACACAUGCCGCGCUGGGAAAUUACGCCGCUUCGAUUAAUUUAGCACAAUCACAUUCCAGCGACUGUUCUCCGACGUGGAUCCUGAGAAGCUCGAUUACGCAACUCGUUCAGUCGUGGACUAGUUUACAUCGUCUUUUAUUGGCUCGCAAAAGGAACAACUCAAGGACUGAUGGAUGUUUGGACUUCACAGCUCGACAGAUGAGACCAUAAAAACUGAUCUCUUGUUAUUUAUUAGCAAACCAACGAAAAGCUGUUGAGGUUUGUCUAGACGUAACGGUCCACUGUGUUCCCAGAAGGACUCUGAUCACAAACACUGGGACAUGUUUUUUUGUGGCAUUGUAGCCAUGACCUUGUAGAUGUAAGAAAAACCUCCUUUAAAGAAGUUAACCUGCGGAGUCUGAUCGGGAAAUUUAGGUUUGAAUCCAACAGGUGGAAAGUGCCUGUUUCAUAGUUUUUGAGAUGUUCAUCUUUAAACUGUCUGAGUGAUGAUUUGAUGAAGACGUGAGGUGGCUUUUCCACUGCAGGAACAUUAGGUGGUGUUUACAGGAAUGGACCAUUUUGGCCUUUCUGUUUUCCGCUCUGGUGCAGAAUCCAAUUGUUUUGACCACAACGUUAACUUCAGCUGCACCAGAACUAUGAGAAAUAGUAGCGACUGGACACAACUCCAACACAAAGGUCUGUGUGAUUAACCUGUAUGCCAAAUUUUGUUGAUGGACGUCGAGAGCGUAGAAAAAUGGUGCUUGUAGUUCUCUCCAACUUUAACCAAUCACUGUUAUCUUCUCCAAAUUUAACCAAUUAGCAUCCAGGCCUCCUCAGAAGCACCCAACAGCCUGAAACAGAUUCUAGCUUUUGCAGCCAGAACACAAAAGAAGCUCCUGCAGCAGAAAACGCCCGUCCUGAAAUACUGGUUCCACUGACUGCAAUCGAUCAGAAAUGUCUGAUUGCACCUUAAAGCCCCUCUACAGAGAUCAUGUGGCAUUGGAUAGCGAUGCACUAGGAACCUUUUUUUUAUUCUUAUACCAGUUUCUAAGGGUUCCACAGCCACUAGUUUGGGAUGAUGUGAGAAAACAGACACAGCAAAUUCAUUCCAUUUUCCUUCAUUUUCGUAUCACAUGUGGCUUUUGGACUCUGAUUCAGUUGAAAUGUCAUUGAUUGAAAUCCUGACUGGUGCAUCUUUUCACUUGAUAUGAACAGUAGACUGAAGAGUCAGUAAUAAAAGAGAAGCUGUAGCCGAGCUGCAGAAAUUAGUCCCAUCGACCAAAAGCUCUACUAGUCGUUGCAUUCCUUCUGACGAGAGAAGAGAUUCAGAGGUUGAGUCUUUGCCAGAUGUGUGUUUGGUUUGUACAUUUGAUUGUUUCACUUGUCAGCUUUCUGGUGUGUCGAUGCAUCAUUUCCUGGGAGAGUUUCAACUUUGUUUCUCGCUCACGUCUUUCCUUUGUUUGACACCGACGACAUUUCUACUGUGUGAUCCCUAUUUUGAAGAUGUAGCAUCACAAAUGUUUCUGAGCUACGAGCUGCUGAAGCACUGAAGGUUUUUACUUAUUUGAAGAAAUGAGAAUUUUUGGUUUACUUAAUCUGACUUUUUUUUUUUUAAACUUUAGUAACUUCCUAAAUUAAAAAAAGUUUUUUCUUUUAACUAAAUGUCAGUUUUCAAUGAUGUAAAAUGUGUGAUAGGGAAAUAUCUGGUACAGAAGUAAAACAAAUGACACAAAGAGUCUUAUUAGAACACAUAAAAUACUGCUAAUUGAAAAAAAACAAUCAUAUUUGGAAGCGUUUUUUUGGGUUCUCCUUUCUAUAUGUUUGCCAUGUCAUUCUCUUUCUAAUCAAUCAAAGUGCCUGUUAGUUUGCCUAUUAGUCAGCUCACACCAAAACUGGACUCCAUGUAAAACACACAUAAACCCAGCAGGCCUUUUUUUUAAUAAUUAAGGUUGUUUUUAUGCACAUAAUUACAAUCAGGCAGUCCUGAAGCUACGAUAACGUACUGUCGAGGAGGGACAACAUGGUAAACAGCUACAGGAGGAUAUAGUAUAUAAACGCUUCAAUUUUUUAUAUCGAGGGUUAUAUUGUAUUUCUGGAAAUUAAAUUAUUUUUGUUUAGUUUGGUUUAUUUUAUAUGGAUGUUUUUUUUUGUUAGCCUGUUUCUAUUCUUUCUAUUUAGUUGUCAUGGUGCUACUUUCGUGCAAAGCCUGCUGUGGGUUUUCUACCCCUUUAACCAGGCGUCUGUCCGUCCUGAGCGGCGUUCCUCCGUCUCCGCGCUGCAUUUAGUGAGUCAGCAGUUUAAAAUAGGGCAUUACGGUAACAGCGCGUGUGUUCAAAUGACACGCUGAGGAAAACCCACAGACUAAAUCGCUGCUGUCUGUCUCCACUCCGGCCCAAAACCGACUGCGUGAAACCAGCUUCGGAAGCGUCCGGCCUGAUUUUCGCUGGCUGGCUGAUUUUUUUUGCACCACAACAGGUAGUUUUUUUUUUUUUAUUCCUGGAGAUCUGCUUAGUUACACCACAGAAACCCAAUAACCUCAUGGUCGCAAGUUUCACUCCAUUUCUGUCCACGUUCACUAACAUUUCUAUCAUUUGAAGUUUUGCAGUUGCGUCUACGAACCACAUCUGGAGAAUUAACUGGAUCCAAUAGGAAUUAAAGAGGAAUAAAACACGGGGGGAAACGGCUACAUGAACGUUCAUCCUGAGCUUAAGACUCAGUUUAACUAAAUGAAGAGUUUGCUUUCUAACAACAGGUUCACUCGGUGCCCUGUAUGUCUAAACUCAUUGUUUCCUCCUCACAGAAAUAAAACAUUUUCAUGCAAUACUCCUCUGAAAAUGCAGGUUUUAACAUCUUAGCAUCUCUCUGUAGGUUUUCUCUGUUGUCUGCUUAGAUUUGCAGCAAUUUCACAGAAGAAAAAAAACAGUUUUAACAGUCGAAAGAAGCUCCUGCAGUAGAUUACAAUCCUUUGCUGCCUCUCCAUGUUUCCAGCAGGUAUAGAUUUGCCCAAAUGUGGCUCCUUAAGUUUUUUACAGCAAAGAGAAACGGUAAAAUAAAUGUUUUUUUUUCCUGGGGGCUCUAUUAUAGCUGCAGAAGUCAUUGUCAGAAAUCACUGUGCAGUGAAAAGAGCCCGAGAAGCUGCAGACAGUGAAACACUGGGAGGCUGAAGUCAUGUCUGCAGCGACCACAGUCCAAUAAUGACUCCCACAGUCUCCCCCGUUACGUACCAGGAUAAAUACCCUGAAGCCACAAAGAAACCUUUAUCAUACACUAAUAUUUGGUUUGGCACCGAUUCUGCUGUUCAGAUAAACUGCAGAGCUGGAAAAAUCUGUCACAACAAGCCAUUAAUCUUAAUUCACCAAUUUUGUUUUAAAACUGGAACAUUUCUUAAUAAAAUCAAGGCACAGACUUGAAAGAAAUCAACUAUCUGAACAACAGAAGCCCCAUUUUUGCAAAGAUUCGGUUAAAAUAUUCACAGUUCUGUGGCAAAAUGAAUUAAACGCUGAGACGUUGCCGCGGUUUUUAACCAAGUUCCUGCUGACGUGCAAGAAAACACAAAGGUUUACCCGAUUCUGUUCUACCUCUUACACUUUUUAAUACACUCCGAGAGCUGGCAUCCGAUAACACAGAACACUGUUGAUGUAUCUCUGACAUCAUGACGCCUCUUCACCGUUUAGUCUCACUGUUCACGAGAAGGUCACUUUAGUGCCUUUUUCUCUACAAAGAUGUCUCGGUUUGAUCAAGACUUUUAUUUUUCUGCAAAUAUUCGGCUCCGACUCAGUACUUACAUGCAAAAUUCCAGAUUGAAAGCAUCUGGAAUUCAGAUUAAACGUCUUACUUUGUCAUCUUGUGGCCGAUCUGGGGUCGCUCCGCUACAAAGAUUGCAAGCCAGUACGGGAUGUCAGUGUCAAGGCCGAGCUUACAGCUUUAGAUGUUAGUGUUUUUCUGACCAGACCUCCAAAUGGAUUCAAAUUUGGACCAAUUUUACAUUUUGGCUAGGUGUUUUUUAUGCUAAUUCAAGCAGUUGCCUGUAUUUUUUGACGAUAUGGUGAAGAUUCUAGCACAUGGAACAAAAAUACAGGACAGGGCGUCACUGAUUUUUCAUUGAAUUGCACACGCGAAGCAGCUGCUGUGUGUUUCUUUAAGGUAACACUGACUUUAUCGUCUUGUUUUUGGCGAUGCAUUUGAUUUUUACGACAACAAACACAGGAUGUGGCACUUCAGAGCUGGAAAUUACAUCUCACAUCUGCUGUCAUUUACUGCAACAUGGACAUAUUUUCUAUGUUCUAUUUUCUAAAAAAGAAAACAAACAAACAAAAAAAAAGAUUUCUCUCUAGGAUGUCACUGGUCAGUCGUCUCCGCCUCUCCAGCCUUUCCACCUGCCCGCCAGGUGUCACGUUAGCUCCUCCCCCUCAGGUUACAAAUAUACGAGGCAUUUCAGCCGAUAACAGAACCGUUUGUUCACCAGCCGAUGACAGAUCUUACAGGUUGCGUCGCACAAAACCACGAGUCUUACUGUUCCCUGUGUGUCUGCAAACCUGUCGAAGCAACAUGUCUACUUUUUUUUGUAUCCAUACCAUUCAUAUGAUUAUUACAUGCUGGGGAAAAAAAACAAAUGUACAUGAAUUCUUAGCUGUCCAUAACAUUAGCCAAACUAGAGACUGCCUGUAUAUUCGCUUUAUAACCUACUCUUGUCUUUUUUUUAAUAACGGCUUGAUUCUCGAAUAAAAGGAGAAUGCAAUGAAAGCAAAACAAAGUGAGUACAUGGUAAAGAAAUGUGUCCCCCUCGUAUUGUAAAAGAAAAGCAAAAGGUUUGUACUCUCUGUCCUUUUUGUUUAUUUGAGAAAAGCUGAAUGUCAACAGCGGCUCUGAACCAGGUCGCUGUGGAAGUAUGUAGCUCUCUCCCUUUAUACGCCACACUUGAGCAUUUCUUCUGUACAUAGGUGCAUUUUGAAGCUGAUGGAAAAACAAACAAACGACCGCAAACGAAGUCAGAUGAGGAAAAUUUGAUCCAAGUGGAUUUUUAAAAAGGGGGUUCGGGGUUUUUCUUUUUUUUCCGAGCAAUGUAGCUUGUAAACCAAGAUAUUAUAACUGCCUCCUGUUUGUCAUAGAAUUCACAAAUAAAUGUUUGAUGGACUUUAAA